UCCGACUGCCACUAAAUGGCGCAACUCAAACACAAAGAAACCACGAUACUCUCUCUCUCUCUCUCUCUCUCUCUCUCCUCUGUCUGACCUCACAUUUUCCCGAGGCUUUUGCUGCAACGUUUUUCUUGUGCCCUAGAUUUGUUUCUUUCCACUAAAAUGCAAUAGAAUUUCAUUCAAAUUGUGUGAAAAUUCUGGCGUCGCCUCGUUUGUUGAUGAUCAUCUAAAGCGGACGAGGCCAUAUUUUGCACCUUUUGCUCUUUGAUAAUAUUUUUUCAACAUCAAGAUGGUUAAUUUUGGAAAAAGACUGACGGCAGAUCAGGUUCCUGACUGGAAAGGAUACUACAUCAACUACAAGUUAAUGAAGAAGAAAGUAAAGCAGUAUGUUCAACAGAAUCAAGUAAGUGGAAAGGAGCACUGCCAGAUUCACAAAGAGUUUUCAAGGAUGCUUGAUGAUCAGAUUGAAAAAGUUGUCCUUUUCCUGUUGGAACAAGAAGGAUAUCUAGCAAGCAGAAUUCGAGAAUUGGGAAAGUGGCGCACUGCUCUUAUGGAGCAGCCAGAGAUAUCACAGAUCUGUGAACUUCGAGAAGCAUAUAGAGCUGUGGGACAAGAUCUGUUGAAGCUUCUUAGGUUUGUUGAUAUGAAUGCUACUGGAAUUAGGAAAAUUUUGAAGAAGUUCGAUAAGCGAUUUGGGUUUGGAUUCACAGAUUACUAUGUGACAACUCGAUCAAAUCAUCCUUAUUCUCAGCUACAACAGGUUUUCAAGCAUGUGGGAGUUGGGGCAGUUGUAGGUGCCUUAUCUCGCAACCUUGCAGAUCUUCAAGAUCAUCAAGGAAGCUAUUUAUCAAUUUACGAUCAGCCAUCUGAUGCUCUGCAGGAUCCUGUCAUUGAUUCGAUUAAUGCAUCGAUUGACAGACUAACAAAUUCAACAAAUUUCCUUCAAUUUUUGGGACAACAUGCUCUUAUUAUGCAAGAAGAUGUACCUAGUUCAGCGGAGGAUCAAGUUGAUAGUGAAAGAUAUCACUUUAUGUCUCUUCUCUUGAACUUGGCAAACACAUUUCUAUACAUGGUCAACACAUACAUCAUUGUCCCAACUGCAGAUGAUUACUCAACGAGCCUUGGAGCUGCACCAACAGUUUGUGGUGUAAUUAUUGGGUCCAUGGCUGUUGCACAAGUUUUCUCUUCAGUUUAUUUCAGUGCAUGGUCAAAUAAGUCAUACUUCAAACCACUUUUAUUCAGCAGUAUUAUGCUCUUUCUAGGAAACACACUAUAUGCAGUGGCUUAUGAUUUUCGUUCAAUUACAGUUCUUCUUGUUGGCCGUCUUUUAUGUGGGUUGGGUUCUGCAAGAGCAGUUAAUCGUCGUUACAUCAGUGAUUGUGUGCCACUUAAGAUUCGGAUGCAGGCUUCUGCAGGUUUUGUUAGUGCCAGUGCUCUAGGGAUGGCUUGUGGUCCUGCUCUUGCUGGCUUGCUGCGGAUUAAUUUUAAGAUCUAUUCCCUCACAAUUAACCAAAAUACAUCACCAGGAUGGAUAAUGGCACUAGCUUGGCUCAUGUAUCUACUCUGGUGUUGGAGUUCAUUUAAAGAGCCAGCUCGUGACAUUGAAGAUGAUGUGCCUCAGCAUUCGGAUCCUGAAGCACAAAUGGAUAGGGAAGAAGUGGUAAAUGGUCUUACUCAACCUCUGCUUUUAAGUCCAAAGGAAUAUACUGAUGAAGAUGGAGAUAGAGAAUGUGAUGAUAGUGAAGAAGCUUCUGAAGACUCUUGCAGAGCUGCUAGUUCAAUUGCUUCAGCUUAUAGACUGCUUACACCGUCUGUAAAGGUCCAGCUUUUAAUUUAUUUCAUGCUCAAAUAUGCGAUGGAGAUUUUGCUUUCAGAAUCAAGUGUUGUCACCACACUAUAUUUUAAGUGGACUACUAGCUCAGUGGCUACUUUUCUUGCAAUCCUUGGGCUGACAGUUCUUCCAGUAAAUGCCAUUGUUGGAACCUAUAUUAGCAACAUGUUUGAAGACAGGGAAAUCCUGAUUGUGUCCGAAUUUGUGGUGUUAAUAGGCCUUAUCUUUAGCUUCCAUAUUACCAGAGAGUACUCUGUGCCCCAGUAUGUCUGCUCAGCCCUUAUCACAUUUGUGGCUGCUGAAGUUCUUGAAGGUGUCAACCUCUCUCUCCUAUCUCGAGUCAUGUCAUCGCGUCUUGCUCGUGGAACGUUCAAUGGAGGGCUUCUUUCCACUGAAGCUGGAACCCUGGCACGAGUGAUUGCUGACGGCACGAUAACAUUGGCUGGUUAUAUGGGGGGAGAUCAACUCCUCAAUGUCACCCUUCUUCCUGCUCUAUUGAUCUGUAUAGCUUCUAUUUCUGCAACCUUCUUCACAUAUAACAGUCUUUAUUGACAGAUAGAUGAUCUUUAUCCUAUUUUUUGGGAUUGUACAGUAGAUAGCAUAGCUUAUCGACAUACAUCUACUUAAAGAUCAUGUUUUCGAUUAUUAUCUCUGUUCUUAUGUGAUGGGGAUUAGGCACUAAAAUAUUUUUGCAAGAUGAAAGGGAAUGGUAUUUCAUCUUGUGGCAACCUGCA